AUCGAAGAAUCAAAAUCCCAGAAAUUGUGUUUAUAAAUUUGAAAAUGGAACAGUUUUGAAUUUAUCCGCUGACCGACACAUCUUGAUCGUUUGCGUGAAAUUAAAUAUGGAGUAUGCGCGGGAACUUUUCGGAACUGUAACGCCGGAAUAAAGUUUUUGUACUAAGUGUUGUGACGAUGUUGCCGUAUCAAGCGGUAGCGAUGGACUACGCGGUGGCAUCCGCUGGUUUUCAUCACCACCAGCGGCCCGGUGGUUUGCCCGGAGUGAUGGGGCUGCCCGGGCCAGGAUCCGGUUUGAAUCCAGGCCUGAACCCGGCCUUCACCCAUUCCUGGUUCGUACAGACAAGCCCGGAUAUCUGUCGGCAGCAACAAGCAUCCAACCAAUCGCAUCUCGAACCUGGUAUCCUCGAGCUCCGAAAAGAGAAGAGUCGUGACGCAGCCCGCUCGAGGAGAGGAAAGGAAAACUACGAGUUCUAUGAGCUGGCCAAGAUGUUGCCACUACCGGCGGCCAUCACCAGUCAACUGGACAAAGCGUCGAUCAUAAGGCUGACAAUAAGCUACCUCAAGUUAAGGGACUUCUCCGGACACGGGGACCCGCCGUGGAGCCGGGAUCCACCUCCGUCCAGUAAAGCUUUGAAAGGGGCACAGAAUCGUCGAACAGCGGCUGGUCUGGCGAUGGAAUUGUUCGAGCAGCAUCAGGGUACACACAUAUUACAGUCGCUGGAUGGGUUCGCGUUGUCAGUGGCAGCCGAUGGCAGAUUCUUGUACAUAUCCGAAACUGUCUCUAUAUAUUUAGGAUUAUCACAAGUAGAAAUGACCGGUAGCAGUAUAUUCGACUAUGUUCACCAAGCUGAUCAUGCUGAGAUUGCUGAGCAGUUAGGGUUAUCAUUGGCCGGGAGAUCGGGAGGUGCGGGACUUAACAGUCCCGCGUCCGGGAGCGAAGAAGGAAGUCAACAUGGCACAAACAACCCUGAUGUGUCAUCGCAAAUGAGCCUCGCAGCUAGUGGCUCUCUAUAUCGGGGAAUGGAUCGGGCUUUCUGUGUCCGCAUGAAGAGCACCCUCACAAAACGCGGAUGCCAUUUCAAAUCAUCAGGAUACAGGGUGGUUCUCAUGCUGUGUAGACUCCGGCCUCAGUACUCAUUCUCGCACAGUCGGAAGUCACCGACAGUCCUACUGGGAAUGGUGGCGCUCGCCAUAGCACUGCCACCGCCCUCCGUCCACGAGAUACGACUAGAAUCCGACAUGUUUGUGACCAGAAUCAACUUUGACUUCCGAAUAGCUCAUUGCGAACCAAGUAGGGUAUCCGAGCUGCUUGGUUACACGGCAGAGGAGUUGACCGGAAAGAACCUCUACACGCUAUGUCACGGAGAAGACGCCAACAAACUUAGGAAAUGUCACUUAGAUUUAAUGAACAAAGGCCAAGUACUGACGCACUACUAUAGGAUAAUGAACAAACUUGGCGGCUACACGUGGAUGCAGACCUGCGCUACCGUUGUGUGUUCCUCUAAGAAUGCUGAAGAGCAAAAUAUAAUUUGCGUCAACUAUGUCAUUAGCGGCAGAGAGUACCCCAACACAGUAAUGGACUGCUGCCAACUGGAAGAAAGCGUGCAAGGUGUGAAACGAGAGGAAACGACCGGAGAUCCCGAAAACGGACCCCCAGACACCGACAACACGGGCGGUCCGCCGCCCACAUCCAGGCAUCCGGCAGAGAGAACCGAACCUCCAACGAACAGCGAGGCAGCUUCCUCUGCACCGGUCAACGCGUCCGACGUAACGCACCUGACGAGGCUAAACGACGCCCAGCCUCUACCGUUACACACGACCCCGGAGAGAACUUCCCCAAUGCCCGCUAGAAGACUGAAAAAACGAAAACAAACAACCGACUGCGACGAGGACGAGGACGAGAGACGGAAAUCCGCCUCCAAUCCAGCAGCUACAAUUUCACCAGCAGACCGCGACAUGACCAAAACAGCCAACUUAACCAUACCUGAAGCAGGAAACGACGCCACCUCGGUCAGAGAUCUAGAGAACGCGAUGUCGAAGCAUCUACCGGCUCUCGACGGAAAAGAAAUAGCUCAUCGACCGACCGACUUCUCUACGGAUGCGUUACUGAAACAGCAGCAGCAGAAGUCGACCAUACAAUGGAUAGGGACCCAAAACCAUCAUUUGAUGAACCGUCAGAUACCUACCAACCAUCCGUCUUCGACGCCAGCGUCCGCGUUACUGAGGCAACUCUACGCAAACAGAGAGAGCGUUAUAAGAAGCAAUUUCCUUGGUGACGGCAGAACUGGAGGCUACUACUCGAAUGACGGCCAGUCAGGACCGCUGCCAACGCCGCCAGGAAGCGAGGGAUCCGGUUAUAGCGAACAGUUAGGUCACAAAGGAACGGACAUAGGUUCGCUGGCGUACGGAGGAUAUGCGGAGUACCAUUCAGCAAUGACGCCGCCCGGUUCAGUUUCGCCGAGAGACAAACAACAAUACGCUUUGUCGUACGACAAUAGCGCUUAUUCGGAAGCGUUAAGGCACUCGUAUUUGGGCGAAGCGCCUCUACCGUUGAAGCCUCAAGCGUAUUCGGCGGUACCGGGCGCGUUAGAUUACGCGUCUCCAUUGGACCAAUCCCAGUUCUUCCAUCCGCCUUCGUCGUUCCAUCUGUACCAUCCCCAGGCGCACGCGGCCCACCCGACCCACUCCCACCAGCCCGUAGACAAGACAGCGCCCCCUAACACGAACUGGUACUCGACGGGGUCAUAGUGUAUGCAAUAACUUCCGUCGUGUCGAUCAAAAUUCAAAGUUAUUUUGUUAUGUUUUGUUUUCCAAUGUUGUUUCUGAGGAUCGAUUAUUAUUUAAGGCUUACUUUAGAAACAGCUCAAUUUAUAGGUUGUAUAUAUUGAUAUUUAAGUCUACUAAUAUGGUAUACGGCUAAAGACUACAAAAAA